AUUUCUUUUUCCACGGAUUGGAAAAGAUUAGACUAGGACCAGCUAGCAAUGGGCUUUCGGAAAAACGAGCCAUGAAGGGCUUGUCAUUGUCAUUUUCUGUCUUUGCGCCUGUGGCGGUGGCUGCUGCAUUCUUCACGCCAAUUGCCGCCGCCGAACCCGAAACCGCCGCCACUUGUCCGCGCGACGGUGGCCUCUACAGUUUGCUGCUACCAAUAUGUCCUCGCGCUGUUUCGGGCAACUCCGCCAGGCCAAAAACACCCAACCCUACUGAUGAUGCUCCUGCACAGCCCGAUCCCACAGCAGCGGCAACAGCGCAGAGUUGGGAUGGUCCACACGGCUGCGUAGGCGCCUACUGCGUCUUUGCAAACCCGAAUUUCGGCAACGGUGGCAUCGUGCUGGUCACGACCAAAGGCAACGCCAAACGGGUAAAGGCGCUGCGGCCCGACACAGCGACGACGACCAAUAAGGGGAAAAAUGCCAAAAGGCCGUUCAGGGCGCAGGCGAUCGCUGGAAAGGGCAUCGGUCUUGUAGCGAAGCAGCCCAUCGCCAGGGGUGAGCUCGUCAUGGCCGAAACGCCGGCGAUCCUGGUCCACAAACUGGCCUUGGAGGAGCCGACCGAUAUUUACUUUCCCGGCCUGGAACUCGCCGUCUCCAAAAUGACGCCGGCGACACGUAAGACGUUCAUGGCGCAGGGGACGCAGGGCGACUUCCAGGGCGCCAUGGGUAUCAUGGAUAGGCUGUUCACCAAUUCCUUCCAGAUGGCCCUGUCCGGCGUCGGGGCCGAUAACAAAGCUGGGUUUCAUUACGGUAACUUUCCCAACGUUUCCAAAUUGAACCACGAUUGCAGGCCCAACAUGGUCUUCCACAUCGACAACAACCUCGUCCACCGCACCCAUGCCGUGCGCGAUAUCCAACCCGGCGAGGAGCUUACCAUCUCCUACGUCGACCAGAUGGACCCCGCCCGGGACCGCCAAGCCCGCACGCGUUCCUCGCUCGGCUUCGUCUGCGGCUGUGCCCACUGCAGCCUAUCCGCCGCGGAGGCUGCCGCAUCAGAGGGGCGGGUUCAACGCAUCAAGAAGCUCGAAAGGAGCUUGGGACGGGCGUUGGAAGGUGUUGGGCUGAGUAGUGGCGAAGCUAAAAAGAAGGUCGCCAUGGUUGAGGAGCUGUUGAGCCUGUACCAAAUCGAAAGGCUGGAGAGCAAGAUUUCAGGGGCCUGGACGCGCGCGGCGCGGAUCUAUGAAAAGGCAGGCGAGAUUGAGUUGGCAAAGAACUUUGCCGCUUUGGCUGCCAAAGGGCUCGAGAUGGAACACGGGAAGAGCUUCCCAGAGAUAGAAUCUAUGAAGCGUCUUGCGCACGUGUCAUGACCUAGAACUAGAAUAAGACGGAUAGAAACUGCAGGGGAAUGUACAGCUUCUCCAGCUAUUCCUGCAGCUGUUUGCUUCCAUUCCGAGGAACGGAAACAAAGUACCAGAAGUGGCUGCUUGGGCAGGACCCCCAAAAUAUCCACCAUUUGCACCA